UUUAAAAGAAUUUUCAUUGGAGUAUGAUGAAUUGAUAUCAAUGGAAAAUAUACCUAUCUGAAUUACAAAAAAUGAAACUUAUUAAACUAGUAAAAACAUUAUGUGGCUCAAAACAUUUUCCAAAUGUUUGUACGAUGUUGGCGAGUGUGGCAGCUGCUAAACAUCAUAGUGUUGAUGUUGAAAGUUUAAUAAGUGCCAGCAACUUAUUAAAAUCACCAUUACGCUCAACUAUGAAUAUUGAGACAGACAAUUUGAGCUUAUAUAUAAAUUAUAAUAUGCCACCAUUAUACGGUUGGGAUGCUAGGGACACAGUUUACCAUUGGAUGUCUAAAAAGAAAUAUCGAGUCCUUAAAAGAAGAAAAGGAAAGGAACAAUGUUAUUUUGGUGGCAUUUUCUUUGAAGUAUCUGGUAAAAACAAAAUUAUCGAUAGUGACGAAGACACUGAAGAUAAAAAAAAAAAAAUUUAAUCUGUUAUUAUUCUUAAUAAAUUGUAAUGAAUAAAGUUAUGUAUAAAGUGUUUACAUGUGUAGUCAAUAAUAUAUUAUAUAGUUUGGUAAACAGUGGUUGUUAAGCGAAUUUAGCGAGCGACGAAUUUAUUUAAUCUACAUGUACAAAAAUAUUAAAAUGUUGGCAGUUCUACAAUUUUCUUAGCGCAAGCUCUGCAAUUUUGUAAUGUCAUUGUAAGUGAUAAUGUAAGUGUGAAAGUUUCUCUUUAACACUUGUGAGAGGUCUUUUUCUAAAUUCACCCUAGUUAAAUCCAAAUUGAGGUCCACAAUAAAGCAAGACAGAUUAAAUGAUUUGAUGGUACUAACAGUAGAGCAGGAAAUAGCAGUCAAUCUUGAUGCUGAUGCUGUAAUAGACUAUUUCAAGAUAGAGGUAGAUUUUAAUAGACGAUUUCCUUUAUAACAUU